ACCCACAUCAACCGCCGACAGAAGAUGGGUUUCUCCCCGGGGGCGGGGGGUAGUGGACGACAGGUCUGCUCUUAGCGGCGGUAGCGGUCUGGCGCUACAGCAGGCAAAGAGCGCUUUGUAGAAACACAGUGUUUGGCAGGUAUCCGCCUGCGGACCGCUUAGCCAAGCGAUACAAGCUCUGUGGGAACCUUUCCGGACUUCAGCCUUGAACCGGAGGCGAGCCGAGGUGACCGGAGAUAGGCGCCACCUGGGCGUUGUUUCGCCUCCCUCCCCGAAGGCAAUUGUGAUUAGGCGGUGCGGCGGCGAAGUUUGCUUUGGCUCGACUCUCUCCAUGAGCCUUUCUUACUAGGGUCCUGAGGAGAGCUCCCUACAGCAACGCCCUAUAGAGUAAUCCCCUCCGUUUUUGCUGUGGGUCGCACCCUGUCCCAUGUACGCGCAACUAAGCCCCAUGGAGAUCCCCACGGGCAGCAGCGGCAAUACCGCUAUAGCCGCCGCCGCGAAGCAACAGGGAGUUAGCGUGGACUCUGAGCAGAUCAGCCCGCCCAACGACACCGAGGCGGCGAUGGGCGCUGCUGCCGGUUCUGGGGAAAACAAUGGCCCGGUCUUGCGCCAGCGUUCGCUCCGAGCAGUAUAUGUGCUCAACGAUAACCCAAAAGGUGGGUCGGGGGCGUGGAGUCCUGAAGCUGGAGCGCUACUGUGCCUGGUGCGAGCUUGUGAGGCCGAAGUAGCCCAGCUCACCACGGUGAACUUUGGCGAGUUGGACUUCGGCGAGACAGCCGUGCUGGACGCCUUCUACGAUGCGGAUGUUGCUGUAGUGGAUAUGAGUGAUAUUUCCAGACAACCAUCCCUAUUCUACCAUCUUGGUGUACGUGAAAGCUUUGACAUGGCCAAUAAUGUUAUACUUUACCAUGACACUGAUGCUGAUACUGCUCAGUCACUGAAGGACAUGGUGUCUCAGAAAAACACAGCUGCAGUUGCCAACCACAAAGCUUUUCUUCGAGUGCAACUACCUCCAGAAUACCAUAGUGGUGGUAUGAUGGGCAAAGCUUCAAGUGGCAAUUACUACUUCAUUCCAUACAUUGUAACACCUUGUGCUGAUUAUUUUUGCUGUGAGAGUGAUGCCCAGCGGAGAGCCUCUGAGUACAUGCAACCUAAUUGGGACACCAUCCUGGGGCCUCUCUGUGUUCCAUUGAUGGACAGGUUUAUCAGCCUUCUCAAGGACAUCCAUGUCACAUCAUGUACAUAUUAUAAGGAAACUUUGUUAAAUGACAUUAGAAAAGCUAGAGAGAAGUAUCAAGGAGAAGAGCUGGCAAAGGAGCUGACCAGGAUUAAACUUCGUAUGGAUAAUACUGAAGUCCUGACCCCUGACAUUGUAAUCAACUUACUUCUGUCAUAUCGAGAUAUCCAGGAUUAUGAUGCAAUGGUGAAGCUGGUAGAAACAUUGGAAAUGCUCCCAUGUGAUCUGGCUGAUCAGCACAAUAUCAAAUUUCACUAUGCAUUUGCACUGAAUCGAAGGAACAACACAGGCGACCGGGGGAAAGCACUGCAAGUGAUGCUGCAAAUCUUGCAGACAUGUGAUCACCCAGCACCAGACAUGUUCUGCUUGUGUGGAAGAAUCUACAAAGACAUUUUUCUUGAUUCAGACUGUAAAGACACCAGUAGUCGAGACAGAGCCAUUGAAUGGUACCGUAAAGGGUUUGAGCUCCAGUCAACUCUGUAUUCUGGAAUUAAUCUUGCACUCUUGCUGAUUGUUGCUGGACAGCAGUUUGAAACCUCCAUGGAACUAAGGAAAAUAGGUGUACGAUUGAACAGUUUGUUGGGCAGAAAAGGAAGCUUAGAAAAAAUGAACAAUUACUGGGACGUUGGGCAGUUCUUCAGUGUAAGCAUGUUGGCCAGUGACAUUGGUAAAGCAGUGCAAGCAGCAGAGAGACUGUUUAAACUGAAACCACCUAUUUGGUAUUUGAAGUCCUUAGUACAGAAUCUAAUGUUAAUUCAGCGCUUCAAGAAACUCACCAUAGAACAUUCUCCUAGACAAGAGAGAUUGAACUUCUGGUUAGAUAUCAUUUUUGAGGCAACCAAAGAAACAACAAAUGGCUUGAGAUUCCCGGUAUUAGUGAUAGAACCUACUAAGGUCUAUCAGCCUGCAUAUGUUUCAAUCAACAAUGAAGCAGAUGAAAGAACUGUUUCCCUUUGGCAUGUGUCCCCUACAGAAAUGAAACAGAUUCAUGAGUGGAAUUUUACAGCUUCUUCUAUUAGAGGAAUAAGCAUAUCUAAAUUUGAUGAACGAUGUUGUUUUCUGUAUGUCCAUGACAACUCAGAUGACUUUCAAAUCUACUUUUCUACAGAGAGUCAGUGUAGUAGAUUCUGUAGUUUGGUGAAAGAGAUUUUAACAGAUGCUGUAGGCAGUACACUGGAACUGGAAGGAGAAACUGACGGAGAUACUUUGGAAUACGAGUAUGACUACGAUGAGAAUGGAGACAGAGUAGUGUUAGGCAAAGGAACCUAUGGGAUAGUUUAUGCUGGAAGAGAUCUUAGCAAUCAGGUCCGAAUAGCCAUCAAAGAAAUACCAGAGAGAGACAGCAGGUAUUCUCAGCCACUACAUGAAGAAAUAGUCCUCCACAAAUAUCUAAAGCACCGAAACAUUGUCCAGUAUCUUGGUUCUGUUUCUGAAGAUGGAUAUAUUAAAAUCUUCAUGGAACAGGUGCCGGGAGGAAGUCUUUCUGCACUCCUAAGAUCAAAAUGGGGACCAAUGAAAGAACCCACAAUUAAGUUUUACACCAAGCAGAUCUUAGAAGGCCUGAAGUAUCUCCAUGAGAACCAGAUUGUUCACCGAGACAUAAAAGGAGACAAUGUUUUAGUGAACACAUAUAGUGGAGUAGUAAAAAUUUCUGAUUUUGGGACUUCCAAGCGCCUUGCAGGAGUUAAUCCAUGUACAGAGACAUUUACAGGCACUUUGCAGUACAUGGCUCCAGAGAUUAUUGAUAAGGGACCUCGAGGAUAUGGUGCACCAGCUGAUAUCUGGUCAUUGGGUUGCACCAUCAUUGAAAUGGCAACAGGGAAACCUCCCUUUCAUGAACUCGGUGAACCACAAGCAGCUAUGUUCAAAGUUGGAAUGUUCAAAAUUCACCCUGAAAUUCCUGAAUCAUUAUCUGCUGAAGCAAGAGCCUUUAUUUUGCUGUGCUUUGAACCUGAUCCAAACAAGCGUGUCACAGCAUCUGAAUUGCUUAAAGACCCAUUCUUGAAACAGAUGAACAAAGGCAAGAAAAACAGAAUUGCAUUCAAGCCAUUUGAUUAUAACCGUAGCACAUCAGUUCCUCUGCCAGUCCAAGGGGAACAGGCUGGCAGCAGCAGCAGUGAACAUGGCUCUGUCUCACCAGACUCUGAUAUGCCACAUGACAUGUUCUUUGAAAAGGCAAAGCGCUCAGUAUCAGAGGUCCAAGCAAAAAGUCCUAUUUCCCAUUUACUGAGUAUUCCUGAUGACAGCUCAGUUUCAGAUGAGCGAAGUGCUUCCCCUUCACUUGAGGAAAGGGAUUCUGGUCUUUUCUUGCUACGAAAGGACAGUGAACGCCGUGCAAUUCUCUAUAAAAUCCUCAAGGAGGAGCAAAACCAAGUAGCUUCCAAUUUACAAGAAUGUGUUGCACAGAGUUCUGAAGAACUGCAUCUUUCAGUUGCUCACAUCAAGCAGAUAAUUGGGAUUUUAAGAGAUUUCAUACGCUCUCCUGAACACAGAGUUAUGGCAUCAACUAUAUCCAAGUUGAAAAUGGACCUGGACUUUGACAGUACUUCCAUCAAUCAGAUUCAUCUAGUAUUGUUUGGAUUUCAAGAUGCAGUGAACAAAGUACUAAGGAAUCAUUUAAUCAGGCCUCAUUGGAUGUUUGCUAUGGAUAAUAUAAUAAGACGUGCUGUUCAAGCUGCUGUCACUAUUCUUAUUCCAGAACUUCGAGCUCACUUUGAACCAGCAUCAGAGACUGAAGGAGUAGACAAAGAUGCAGAUGAAGUAGAGGAGGAUUACCAUCAUGCAGGGCGAAAAAGGCACGAGGAACCAGUUACCUCUUCUGGAGUGUGCAUGGUCACAUCUUCUGUGACCCCUGAUAUCCAGCAGCAGCUCAGCUUGCAGUUGGGCAAGCUCAAGCAAGAAACAAACAGGUUACUGGAGAACCUGGUACAGAAGGAGAAAGAAUACCAAACACUCCUACGGCAAACGCUGGAGCAAAGAAUUCAAGACUUGCAUCUCCUUCAGCUGCAGUUGAAAACUGCUGAAAUUCAACCACCUCCAUCUGCUCUUGAGCACAGUGUAGACCAAGAACUUGUCAAGUGGUUAAAACAACAAAAAGCUGAUUCAGAUGCAAUUGAUAAGUUUGUUCAAGAGGAUUAUACACUCAGUGAUAUUCUAAACAACAUCACUAAAGAUGACUUGCGAUUCCUUAGACUCCGUGGGGGUCUUCUCUGCCGAAUUUGGAAUGAAAUACUAAAACACAGAAAACUGAAUAAUAAAAUCUUGGAAAUGGAAGCAUAACACAUAUGCCAAGCGCUAAGUUGAAAGGGGGGAACACAUAUUCCAACUAAGUUAUUAGUUUUUGUACUGCUGCAUUAUACAUAGACUGGUCCUGCAAGUUUUGCACAGAGACACAUUAAACAGGCUUUAUCUUUGGAAGUGUUAUAUUAUUAAAUAAUAGAAAGAUGACAAUUCUUAUAUGUAGCAUGUUUUGUUAUUGUUGUUUGUAAGUCUUUUUCUACUAGAAUACACAUUGAAUCAUGUAUAUUUUUCAGAUCUGUAAAUAGUAUAGUAGCUGGGAAAUUGCUUGCUUUAGAUACAGAGGCAGAUCUAACAUUUAGUUUAUGCACUUUAAUAAGUCAUAUUAAAAUACAUACGGUACUGUUCUAGGGAUGCCAGCUGCUUUUAAAAAAUGUUUGUUACUUUCUGCUUAACAAAUAUUACUGUGUCUAAUUUUAUAAGACAUUAGCAUCUUUGUACAAUUGGGUUUUUAUCUAAACAAAGAGAAUGACAUAUUCAAUCUAAGUGCAUACUGAAAAUAAACAU